CUAAAGAUGGACAUUCCCCAGGCGUCUCCUUCUCCCCAAUCAACACCAUGGACCAAUUACGUCCGUCAGAAGCACACAUUCUGGACUUUCAUGCGCACAAUUGCCGUCAAUUACUUCCUACCUUUGCUCGUUUUGAUGACGGCGCUCGUCGCCUCGAGCUAUCUGUCAACCUACCUUCCUUCCUCUGAUUUAACGAAGGCCGUUCUGGAAUUGAAUAAGUCAAUCCAGAAAAUGACCGCCAUCAUUGCUCGUCGAGCUUGAUCGCGCCUUCCGAUCUUAGUGUGCCUAACCUGCUCCUCUGCCUUCGUAUCCCCCGCGUCUUUCCCAG